AUGAGUGCUUUGGACUGCAUGUCGUCUCAAUGCUUGGAGGAAGCUGGAAAAACCCGGGCGGAUCUAGCGGAUUGCGUUGCAAAGCUCUCUUUGCUUCUACAUAAUGCACUCACAGAAGCUGCAGUACCUCUCCCUGGUCCUCAUCAUUCCUGUCUCCUCAUUGAGCCUCCGCUGUACACCUUCUCGGGGCCUUUGCUCAAGGCCCUCCUAGCGGAAGAAUCAGACAUACCCUCUGGCUCAGGCGAGAUGUUCUCGUUUGCCAACCAGCAUCGAGACGGGAUAGCGCGUGCAUUGGAGACAGUCUCGCUACGAUGCCUUUCAACCUAUCUGCUCAGGCUGCCUGACAGCGAUGGCCUCGAAUUGGGGUUACAUCUAUUGACAAAUGAGCCUGAGUACACUGCAGAAUCGUACACCACGCAGUCUGAGGUAAACGCCCCAGGGUCAGAGACUGUGUUGCCGCUUGUGCGGAAGAGCCUAAUCGAGAAAGCUUUUUCAAUAUUCGCAAAUGGGACAGGCGACGCUCGGAUCCGAAGGAUGGCAGGCAAGGUGCUAAUGGAGAUGGUAUACGAUCCUGAGGAGCAUUGCCAAGUGCUCGAGAUCCUGAAUAGCGAUGAAGGCCUAAGAAAAAUCGCUGGCGCUCUCUCUGAUACAGAUAUCGUAUUGUCCUUUUUCUCGAGUACGAUAAUGCGAGCCAUAUACCAGUCAGGAUCAUACAGCCAUUGGGAAUCGAAUGAACCAUGUUCGGAAAUGUUGCACCACAUAAAGAUGCAAGGAAGCGCAAUCGGACAGUUCUACGCUUACGUGCGCGCGGAGAGGCAAAGCACGUUCAGCGUGGGUGGUAGGACCAGACGCGAUGUAGCUAAUGGCGCCUUGCCCGUAUGCUAUCUUGUGGAAUCGGACGGAGCAUAUGCGAGCGGUCUACCGCAAGGUACGGUCCUAUUGAUACUCUGCGCUGACGGACUGGACUUGAUACACUGCGGCAAGGAUAAUUCUGGCUGGAGAACGAACUACCUGACGAUCCGGCUCACUCGCCAGACAAGAACUAAAUGCAAUUUCUCCAGUGGGAAGGGAGAGCGGAAGCGCCUUCUAGCUCUUCAUAUACACGAGGAUGACUCAACUACACUAAACGAUCAAGAGCGCGAUCUACAGGAUAUAAAUCUCAACAUCAACUCUGAAGAUGACUUGACCGGGAUGUCGAAAGCAUUCGAAGCUAUUGGUAUACGAUGCCAAACAAAGAGGUUCAGGACGAGCCCAGGCAACCGAAGGUCAUCAUCAGUCGUCAUACCGUUAGAUAUGGACGAUGAGAUAAUUCCCGACUCCUUCCCAUCUUCUGAGGUAGAAACGCAGGCAGUAGCAGGGCCAACUUCCCCCCGUGUCCAUUGGAGGAAUGACUCGGCAAAUAAGAUGGAAUGUAAUGACAAACCUUUAGAGGUUGCCUUUGAAAUGGUCUCUCAAAGCAGUCUAACAGACCUUACGCGGACCCCUACUCUACAUGCAACUUCCUCGCCAGGAGCUCGAGAAAGCUCACGCCCGACUAGCCCGAGGUCUCGUACAAAGAGCCAGACGAAGAAGAGAACGCGGUCUCUGGGAAAGACAGCAUCGCCAGUGAAGGAGAAUCUAUCUGACAGCGUACCUGCCAAAAACACUCGGUCAAGAUCCUCUCAGAAGAGCAAGUCGGUAAUUGCAAAUAAUGUGCUGAAACCUAUUCCGCACAAUACCCAGGAAUCACUCAUAUUCCCCAGACGUCGUACCAGAGCCAAGCUAUAUACUGCAGCAAGAACAAAGGCAGUGGAUUGGGACGAAGAUCUUCGAGCAAGUGAUGCGUCAGUUGACCCAGAAUCCCAGAGAAAUUCCGAGCUUACUUCGGUCUCCUCUCCGUCAUCAAGCGGCGCUCGUUAUACCUUUAACCAGAGCUCAAAAAGGCCUCGAGGGGGUUCUUCUCGAAAGAAACCAGCCAUGAAUAAUAAGAGGCAACGGAACACUGCGAGUGCGAGACAAGCGAAGAAGCGUACGAGAAGUGGAACCAAUCUUCUCUCACCACCGCUUGGUAGACCUAAGGCCGGUAGUAGUCAACUCAGUCAGGAAUUAAGGCUUGAUGCCGAAGUCGCCAAUGCGUCCGUCAAGAAAAUUGCUGAACCCAAUAGCUCGUUUCAAGCUCGUGAAGCUGAGAGCAUUAAAAUCAACUCCCCUCUGCCUCAAAGAAACGAUGGCUGGAACAGCCAAUCUAAGAUGAGAUCCAGUUUAGACCAAUGCAACCAUCUGGGAGGAGAUAAUCAAGGCAGGGGCCAGACAGUUGCAGAAAAGCUGAUCGCGGCAUUACGAGGAAGCAGCUCGCCCGAGUGUUCUGCCAACCAGAGUUACGUGGACGAGCUGUUUGAUGGUGCAGAAUAUGGAGGCCCAAUGGUUCCUAAAUCUUCCGAAACGCAAAACGAGCCUGCUCUCGAUAAGCCAUUGGAACACCAGGGGAAGCACGAGAAUGACAAGCAAGAUAUACCGGGUUCCUGGACAUCAAACAUGAGCCAGGAAGGCAUUCCCGACGACGAAAUAUAUCCUGUCAAGAUAUAUUCCGGCGAAUCUUCCGAUGCGAGUCAAAGCAGCUCAUUACAAAACAAUGACGAGCAGAAGUGGGUUUUGGGGAAGGGGGUGGCUCUAUCUGGAACCGGGGGAGGACGAGAGAAUGAAAGGGCCCGACGGACCUCAUCUCAAGUCGCUAGCUCGUCAGUAGAACCACUGUCGACGGAGUCAACGCCGGAAGUAUACUAUUCGAGCCCAUCCUUGAAAGAGUCCAAAUCCAGUCCCUUCCUUAGCCGCCCAGAUGAGGUUGCAUCGGCGACAGGAACAGUCAAAGCUUACUCUACGGAGCCGGGCCUCAAAGAACACAUCUCUACCUGCCUUGACCACACAGAGAAGAUUGUAUCAUCUAGCUCGAAGCGAAAUACCACUCGCGCAACCUUGGAGGGGACCACAUCUAGAGAGUAUCGCUUACAGAUUCCUAGCGAUGAAAACAAAGCUGAUGCCCGCCUCACCACCAGCGGCCAGAAGGAACUCAUCAAAGACGGCGCAGAGCCUGUUGCCGAGUACCCAGAUUCAGGUGCUAAGACAAUUGUGGACAAGAACGGAAGCCCUCGACUUAUGCAGCAAUCGAAAGCGGCGAAAGAAGAACAUACCAUACCAAAACGACGCGGAAAUUAUUUUAGGCUCGAGCAACGAAGUCCAAAGCGAAUGAAAGGAUCAGACCAGAAGGACGGCAUGGGUAUCAAUUUGCCUACUACAACUUCAGCUCGCGCAGGAGACACUCAAGGAUCAUUCGUGCCUACUGAAAAGUCUAAAACGAACCUUGGCGCAUCAUACACAAAUUCCACCAAAAAGGAAAUGCAUAACCCCUUUCUUAGCCGCCUCCAGGCGAGUGCUGGAGAACGCAUUCAAAAAGAUUUGAAGGCCACUUUGCCUGGGCUAAAAUCAAGCCAAGAACAACAACAAACUCUUGGGAGCAGGGAACAUGCUUUAAAGGAGACAGCCGAAGAUGAACCGGAGCAGAAAUCAUCGUUUGGACUGUCAAAAGGCGCUGCUGGGCGGAUUGACUGGCAGACAUCAUUGCGCGAACUCCACAAAGGAAUGGAGCGGACACUAAUCAGUAACAACGAAUACCUUUCUCGUCAGAUUGAGAGCGAACGGGCCACAAUCAAUGGAGUCCUCGACGGCUAUAAAGAACAAUGCCAUAACGUCCUCGACCACCUCUUCGGAGCGCAAAUGGAACGUAUAAGGAUGUGCAAACAACAAAUGCACUCCAUCAAACAGCAGCACGCAGAUGUAUGCCAGGGACUGAUUCGUCAAUUGGAGGAGAACGAACGGACUCUGGAAGCCGCCGGUGGAAGCCAGUAA